AUGUUCUCAGGGGAACCUCUCCCAUAUGAGCCUUUUUUCAGGGGACCAGUUAGCAAGAGGAGUUGUACAGACAUUAUCUGCUGUAUGACUUUUGUGGCUGCCAUUGUCAGCUAUAUGCGUAUUGGCUCCCUGGCUUGGUUGCUUGGAGACCCUCGUCAUGUCCUGUUGGCCCGGAAUUCCACUGGGAUGUUCUGUGGAUCUGGAGUCAAUUUUGACAAACCAAAUGUCCUCUACUUUGACGUUCUGAAGUGCACCAGAGCAACCACUGAAAUGGACGGCACUCUAGAGGGUCUCCAGUGUCCAACCACUCAAGUCUGUGUUAAAAAAUGCCCUUCGGAGUUUUGGAACUUGCCCCCAGAGGCGUAUGCCCCAGAUGCCCUACCUAAAGACUUCUUUCAGCAGCAGUAUUGUGAUCCUAGACUUGACCUUGCCCAAACCACAUUGGUAAAACCUCACACUGCAAAUGAGCAAUGUAUCUACUACUGUUACCGGGAAUAUGACCACUACAGAUGCUCCAAACUCACCCUCGGUGACAAUUAUAAUUCAGAAUUCUCUGUCUACCUUCAAGUGAAAGAGACUUGGCUGUUCUUCUUGGUGAGCCUGUGUCUUUUGGAAUUCGUAAUUUUACUCUUCCUGACACAUCGGGGGAGGAGAAUAUCUGUUGCAGUGGCACUGAUCGAAGAGUCCAACAGGGCGGUGAGUUGUGUGACGACCACACUGGCUUACCCCUUGGUGACGUUCCUGCUGGUGGUGAUAUGCGUGUCCUACUGGGGAAUCACUAGCCUGUAUUUGGCCACUUCAGGUGCUCCUGUAUACCAUGUCCCUGCUCUCAACUCCUCCAUAGCCAACUGUAGUUCUAUCACAGGCUCAGAGAUUUGCAUUCCCAAGGAAUUCAGUGCUUCUCUCCAUCCUGAUUGUCCAUCUGUGCGCUGUGUGUUUUUUAAAUACGAUGACACGGACUUGUUCUCAAGGAUCGCACCCUACCUGCAGAUCUACAAUUUGCUGGCUUUCCUCUGGUGCGUGAACUUCAUCAUCGCCCUGGGCCAGUGUACACUAGCCGGUACCUUCGCAUCCUUCUACUGGGCCUUCAGUAAACCAGCAGACAUUCCCCCGUACCCUCUCUUACAAGCCUUCAUCCGGACACUAGGGUGUCAUGUCGGCUCUUUAGCAUUGGGUGCUGUCAUCCUUACCAUAUUCCAGGUCCCUCGGAUGUUUCUGGAAUAUCUUGACCAUAGGUUCAGAGACUGCCGGAAUUUCUGUUGUCAGUUUGUGAUGAUGUCCCUCAAAUGCUGCUUUUGGUUCCUGGAUAAAUUCCUCAAGUUCUUCCACAGAAACACCUAUAUCAUGAUUGCUAUACAUGGAAACAAUUUCCAUGUGUCUGGCAAGAAUGCUUAUAUGCUCUUGAGGAGAAAUAUUAACCGGGUGGUGGUGUUGGACUGUGUUACAGACACACUGCUGUUUUCCGGCAAGGUGCUGGUGGUCGGAUUAGUGGUUUCACACAGAUUGACACACAAAUUCAUCAAUAACACACGUAGAAAUGGAUCAGCUCUGAGUGACAGAGGAACAGACGAAUCACACGGCGAUCGUCCUGUGAUUCGACGAUGA